AUAACAUAAAAGAAGUAGGCUGUGUUUGUCGGAGAGGUCAGACUUUUCCCUGGCUAUAAAGACUAUUGUUGCUCGGCCCGGCAUGUAAGGUUUACUGACCAUAUUGUCUUCAGUCGGAAGAUACUCUCAGCCACCAGCCAUGGUAUCCUACAAGAGGCUGAACCCUGAGGAGGUUCGGUUUUCCGGCGCUGCUUUGUUGGAGCCCCCGCCUGACGAUUCAGGGGAUGCUGAGACGAAGGCAGAAGACCCAGAGCGUCCGCUGCUGGAUCAAACACCCCAGUGCACUGUCACUGUUGCUCUGUUGACCCUUGGAGGGCUUAUUGUGGUGGUCUUUGGUGUCUGGCUGCUGGGCACUGUAUUUUGGCUGCGUGGUCCGCCUUCCACGGGAACCCACAAACCUCCACCACCUGUGUCUCCUUCAGGCCAGAGCAAGGGGUGGCAGGGUGGGCCUCAGCCAGAAUCCUGCUCCCUUAUUCCAGAAGCCUGGAGGUUUGACUGCUACCCAGAGCGAAGUGUUGUCGUAACCGAGGAGUUGUGCCAUAAGAGGAACUGUUGCUUCAUACAAGUAUCGAAGGCAGAUUCACCAGAGCAGAACGGAGUGCCGUGGUGCUUUUAUCCACCCGACUUUCCGUCUUAUGAGCUGGCGGCUAUUAACGAGACGGAAAUGGGCUACAGUGGGAAGCUGAUCCGUCUGCAGAAGGCCUACUACCCUAACGACAUAGAGACGCUGCAGUUGGAUGUGCUGUAUGAGUCCAACAGCAGGCUGCGUGUGAAGGUAACGGACCCGGCAAAGCAGAGGUAUGAGGUUCCCAUAGAUGUGCCUGUGGUCAAAGAAAAGGCUCCAGAUCCCUUGUAUACUGUGGAGUUCUCCAAGCAACCGUUCGGGAUCGUUGUCAAGAGAAAACAAAACGGCGCGGUGCUGUUGAACACAACAGUGGCUCCACUCUUCUACGCGGAUCAGUUUCUGCAGAUGUCCUCAUCUUUGCCAUCGAAUUUUGUUUACGGGCUGGGGGAACAUCGUUCCAACUUCCUGCAUGAUGUGCAGUGGAACACGCUGACCAUGUGGGCUCGAGAUGCAGCACCUGUGGAGCUCACAAACCUUUAUGGCGUUCAUCCAUUUUAUCUCCUUAUGGAGCCUGAUGGGCUGGCACAUGGAUCUUUCUUACUCAACAGCAAUGCUAUGGAUGUCGUUCUUCAGCCGGCUCCUGCGCUCACAUGGCGCACGAUUGGAGGAAUACUGGACUUGUAUAUCUUUCUUGGUCCUGAUCCCGGUUCUGUGAUUGGAGAGUAUCUGGAGGUUGUAGGAAAGCCUGCUAUGCCUCCAUACUGGGCUUUGGGUUAUCAUCUUUGUCGGUGGGGCUACGACUCCAGCAAUAGCACCUGGGAUGUCGUGAGAGCAAUGAGGAACUAUGGGAUCCCUCAGGACGUACAGUGGAAUGACAUUGACUACAUGGACCGUGCCCUGGACUUCACUUAUGACUCUGUAAAAUUUUCAACCCUGCCUGACCUCGUGAAAGACCUUCACAUACACAACCAGCGCUAUGUCAUGAUUCUGGAUCCUGGCAUUAGCAGUACUCAGCCAGCAGGUUCCUACUUGCCUUUUGAGGAGGGAAUAAAGCAGGGCAUCUUCAUCAACACCUCCAGUGGAGACACCCUCAUCGGCAAGGUUUGGCCUGGACUUACAGCUUUCCCAGACUUUUCCAACCCAGACACACACGAGUGGUGGUACCAAAACUUGAAGAACUUUCAUGAUAAAGUCCCUUUUGAUGGGCUGUGGAUUGACAUGAAUGAACCAUCUAAUUUCUUCGAUGGGUCUAUCAAUGGCUGCCCCAGCAAUGACUUGGAGAACCCUCCUUAUACACCAGGUGUUCUAGGCGGCAGUCUGCGGGCUAAGACAGUAUGUGCAUCUGCACGCCAGAAAAUCACCUCUCACUACAACCUGCACAGCUUGUUUGGACUCAUGGAGGCCAAGGCUUCAGCAAGUGCUUUAAAGAAGAUCCUGGGGAAGCGUCCGUUUGUGAUCUCCCGCUCCACAUUUCCGAGUCAGGGAGUGUACUCGGGCCACUGGUUAGGGGACAACAGGAGCCAAUGGAAAGAUUUAUACAUGUCCAUUCCAGGCAUGCUGACUUUUAACCUUCUGGGCAUUCCACUGGUGGGAGCAGACAUCUGUGGCUUUUCAGACACCACCACUGAAGAACUGUGUGUGCGCUGGACUCAGCUUGGGGCUUUCUAUCCCUUCACCAGGAACCAUAACACUAAAGAAAGCAAGGCACAGGAUCCGACUGUAUUCAGUACAGCUGCUCGAACAGCAAUGAAGGAAGCUCUCCUGCUCCGUUAUUCCCUCUUUCCUUUCCUCUAUACGCUCUUUCAUCAUGCACACCUCAGCGGACAAACUGUUGCCAGACCCUUGUUUUUCGAGUUCCCUACAGAUCAGAAGACCUAUGGCAUAGACAAACAGUUCCUGUGGGGGAAGAGUUUGUUGGUGACACCAGUUUUGGACCCUGGUGUGGAUUACGUCGUGGGCUAUUUGCCUCAGGGCCUCUGGUAUGAUUUCUACACGGGUGACUCAUUAGUCAGCAAGGGCGAAGAGGUCAAGCUUCAUGCUCCUCUAGACAAAAUCAACGUGCAUCUCAGAGAAGGAUCCAUCAUACCUACACAGAGACCCAACACGACUCUGUGGGUGAGCAGUGGUCAGCCUUUGCGCUUGAUAGUGUGUCUGACUGAGGAGGGCCUGGCAGAGGGCGAUCUUUUCUGGGAUGACGGGGAGACGCUGGACACCUAUGAGACUGACCAGUAUGCCUACAUCACCUUCAGACUGAAACAGAACACAAUGACCUCAGAGGUGGUGCACAGUCACUUGGAGGCAAGUUACAUCACAGUCGAGACCGUUUCUUUUUACGGAGUGAAGAGCGCGCCGACCUCAGUUACCGUGAACUCCCAAGAAGCUGCGUUCAGCUACGCAGCCAAUCAGGUGUUGACAGUAAGCGACCUUGGUUUGAACCUUAAUCAGAACUUCGUGAUCAGCUGGACGUAGUCCCACAUUAAUUAGCAUCGACAAGAAAAUGCAAGUUGCUGUGUGACAAUUCACUUUUAAGGAUGAAGGGUAACCUGUGAAUACAAAAUCUACCUACUGAUUGUAAUAUAUUCUCCGUCAUCGCUGAGAUGCCAGUCCAGUGCAUUCUACUGACCGACUGCUGGUUAAGCGCCAGAAAAGAGAAUGGAAUUCAGUGGGACAGCUGACAUUUUAACACAACUUCAUAACUUUAAAUUAGCAAGUCUGAUCUUUUUGAGCUUCUUUUGUGCAAAAUAACUGAAACUGCUUGUUAGUUUCAUGGAUUUUAGUUGGAAAUACAGAUAAACGCUAGUUUUCUUGACCUAACAUUAGGUUUAGGUGAAGGAUUCAGGGGAAGGGUAUUGUGCAAUAAGUUUGAGGGAAAGUGAGUGAGCCUUCUGGAUGUGCUGGGACUACAACCUCAGAGUUUAUAACACUUUCUAAGAAUGCCAUGUCUAUAAGAACCUGUGAACAUUCAUUACACAUUAUAAUGCAUUCAAAAGGUGUUUUAAACACUGAUAAACAUGCAUUAUAUUUCAUUAUGAAUUGUUGACAAGCUUUAAAAGUAUUGUAGUGUUCUAUAUUGUCAAGUCCCAGCUUGCAUAGUGCAUUAUAACAACCUGCCUAGUCAUAAAUAUGUGCUAACAGUUUAUGAAUUAUUUUUAUCUGCAGUAGAAUAAUAGCUUAUUGUCACUUUCAGUGUUGUAACAUAUCUUAAAAUGAAGUGACAAUGCAAACACUUGCCAUCAUGUAUAUAGAUUAUUAUUUCUAGACAUAUAUAACCUAAUUCUGAGAACUUGUAGUUGAAUUUUAGACUAAAGGAAAGUUUUCCAACACAGUCUAGUACCAAAACUGAAGUUUCCAACCCCCUACUGAGAAAGAGAGGUAACUUAAGUGCUAAUAUUUUAGAAAUCAUGGCAAGACUAAGCAUGUCUUUAUGACUAGACAGGUGUGAACAUUCAUAGCAUGUUAUAAUGCGUUAUUUCAGCUCAUUCUGAGUUUCUUUGGCAUUGAUAUAACAUGUUAUGAAUGCAGCUUAUAACAAUUCAUUAUAGUAAACCUGGCUACAAAUGUAAUGCAUAGCCAUGUUUAUAAUGUCUCAAGAAUGCAUUAUAAGCUGAACACAUACUUGAACCCUGCUACUUAUCGCAGACAUAACCAUGCUGUGAACAUGUCAUGGCAGAUGUCAUAUGCUGUUAUGAGAUGUUAUGACAGUGUCAUGUUACCAUCACCGGUAACUGUCAUGACUGAUGGCAUAAUGUUUGAUGGUGACACUUCCUAUGAAUCCUGUAUUCAGAAUGCUUUAUAAAUGCAUUAAAGAGGCAUUUUAUGGCAUACAUAACACCUAAUAAUACCGGGCAUAUUAUCAUCAUGAAUAACUUUUUAUAUGAUUUCAUAAAUCAUGUUCCAUAAUAUUUGUUCAGAAGAUCAUUGUAGGCACUAAUGUUCUAACACUUGGUCGCUUUAUGCCGGGCCAUUUCGGGCUUUUUAAACAUAGUAAGUAUUAUUUAUUGAAAUAAUAUUUGCUUAAUAUUUA